CCCAGGCUAUAAGAAGGCGGCUCGGGCAGCCGGAGCCUCAUCGGGCUCUGCGGGGAAACGAGAUGAUCAGCCCUAGCGCUGCAGCAAAAUGCUGGAUGGACACCUCCUUCUGGGAUGGCUCUCCUCCUGCGCGCUCCUAGUGCUGCUGGGCGGCGCCCCGGGACCCUCCGCCGCCUACUUCGGGCUGACUGGGAAUGAACCUCUGACCAUCCUCCCUCUGACUUCAGAAAUGGAGGAAGCUGCCGUCAAGGCCCAUUAUAAAGUGUGCGACCGCCUGAAGCUGGAGAAGAAGCAGCGCAGGAUGUGCAGGCGGGAUCCAGGGGUGGCCGAGACCCUCGUGGAGGCUAUCAGCAUGAGUGCCCUGGAGUGCCAGUACCAGUUCCGCUUCGAACGGUGGAACUGCACCCUCGAGGGGCGCUACAGAGCCAGUCUGCUGAAGAGAGGUUUUAAGGAAACCGCCUUCCUUUAUGCCAUUUCCUCAGCCGGGCUCACCCACGCCAUGGCCAAGGCCUGCAGCGCUGGGCGCAUGGAGCGCUGCACCUGCGACGAGGCUCCCGAUCUGGAAAACCGAGAGGCCUGGCAGUGGGGCGGUUGCGGUGACAACCUCAAGUACAGCAACAAGUUUGUCAAGGAGUUCCUAGGGAAGAAAUCCAACAAGGACCUGCGAGCCAGGGUGGACUUUCACAACAACCUCGUGGGCAUGAAGGUCAUCAAAGCUGGUGUGGAGACUACUUGUAAGUGCCAUGGUGUGUCCGGAUCCUGCACUGUCCGAACGUGUUGGCGGCAGCUCUCUCCGUUCCAUGAGAUCGGCAAGCAGCUGAAGCAGAAAUAUGAGACGUCACUCAAAGUGGGCAGCACCACCAACGAGGCCACGGGGGAAGGGGACAUCUCGCCACCCAAGAAAUCCACCCCUGGCCACAGCGAUCAAAUCCCAAGGACUACAGAUCUUGUCUACAUUGACGAUUCCCCUAGUUUCUGUCUGAUGAGCAGGUAUUCGCCUGGGACUUCAGGAAGGAAAUGUUACAAGGACAAGAAUUGCGAGAGCAUUUGCUGCGGCCGAGGUCACAACACACAGAGCAGGGUGGUCACACGGCCGUGCCAGUGCCAGGUUCGCUGGUGCUGCUACGUAGAGUGCAAGCAGUGUACUCAAAGAGAAGAAGUUUAUACCUGCAAAGACUAAUGCAUGCUCUGCCUAAUGGAGAUCCUCGGUGGUGGGAGAUUAUGAUCUAUGAGAACUACACAUGGAGACAAACAGGGUUUGACUGACAUUCUAGGAUCUGAAAGCUAUGUUGAGACAUAAGCACUUUGUAGGGUACAGGUGACCCAGCUGUGUUGCUGUUUUGUUUUUUUUUGUUUUUUUUUCUGUAGACUGAAUUUUAACCAUGAGGUCCAACCGUGUGGAAAUAAGUGCCUGUCAUAUUGGGGUUAGGUACCAGUAGACCCUCACCAAAGCGGUCCAUGAACCCAUCAGCUUGAUAGAUCACUCACUUAUCUUGAGGUUUUGAUUAUUUCACCAAUCCUCCCCAAAACUCCUGGAAAUCUACCUGACUGUCCAGACAGCUACGCAAAUGAGCGAGAUAAACUGACUUCGGAUCUUUUUGCCUUGAAACGUUGUGGUCAAGGUAAUUGUGGCGCCCUAAAGAUAGGGGGUGGGCUAAGCGUAGAGAGUACCAAUCAUUCCUCUAGUGGAAUUUCUGCAGAUCUAGCAUAAAAAGCUCUGACAAAGAGCUACCCUCAAAAGUGGGUCUAUCCAGUUUUUUUUCAGUGAACAUAGCUUCAGAAAUGUUGGGGUCCGUCCAGCUUGCCAUGUUGCAGACAACAAAAAGUUUGGGAAGAGUUCAGACACACCCGCCCCCUUCAGCCUGAUUGGACACUCCUCUUCAUGUGUUCUUCAGAUGCAGGUUUUUUAGCACGAUCACUGUCUUAAUUUAAAAAAUAAAACCACUAGAAGACCUUUCACUUUUCGUUUUGUAGAGGGUUAAUUUCUUUCAUCUCUUGUUGAUUAGAAUCACCCUGUGGCAGCUGCUUCAAAAACCCAAAUGAGGACUCUUUAGCCUUAUCUAGGCUGAAUUCGAAAGUGUGUGUUUUUUGGAUAGUUGGCUUAUGACCAUAUCCAUUCCGUUGCCUCUCAGAAGGCAAGGCCGACUUGAUGCUCUCGUUGAAUAGCAGCCAUUCUGGACUGGAUUGGACCUUUUUGGAGGAAAAGAUUUUAUUUUCCUAGUCAGAAUUCCAUUUAUUCGAGAAUAUGGCACAAGCUAUAUGUAGACCCUAUGACCUUAAGCUUUUUUUAACCACUAGAUUGAGAACCAUAGUUUUAAAGGUAACAAACCAUGGGAGUCCAAAUGCCUAGUCAACAUAUGGUUCUACCCAAGGGUGGACAAAGAAAGAAAAGCCAAAUGCAAUGGCAGAGAGCUCCAAUGCUGUGAACUAGAUGACAACCGCCAUAUUUUUCUUUAAAGAGGAUAUUUACAACUUAGUACUUUAUGUGGCAAUGUUCUUCAGUCAUAUAACACUGCUGGGAUCAGAAGCGGCUGGUAAAUGCCUUAACAAGCUUUCUAAGGAAACACUGGAGAGUGGAGGGCAUUUUGGGGGGGGGGUGUAGCAGUCUUUGAUUGUCUAGUAGUAGUGAUUGUCACUAGUUUAUAACCCAUAUCUGGCUUUCAAGGGAGGAAGGCUGACUGGCAAAAAAUUUUUUCUUGUUUUCAAGGAAAAGUAGAUGGUUGCGUAAUGAGCCAUAUGACUUUCCAAGAGGGACUAUCAUUGGAGCAUCUUCUCAAAUAGUAGCCACUAAUAUUUAAGCUGUUCAUGUGCAUCUACUGGGAGGGGAUCUCUUUUCCUAAUCAACAGAUAACUGCAGUCCAGCCUGGCCUGGGUGGCUGAG